GAGCAACGGGCACACUAUUCGGCAAUCAACAAAAACACAAAUAUAAACAAUAAGUUUCUGCAUAUUUACGCCGUCUAGAAAAGAUAAUCUUAAAGCCCUUGGGCGCACCAAGGAGUUUUAAAUCCAAUUAAAUGGAGGUGAAAAGCUGUCACGAUGCGCCAAAUGGGUUUGGAAUAAUUCAAUCCUACGAUACGCUCUACUAUCAGGAUGAGGAAGAACUACGAAAAAGGGAAAAUCAACUGGAGGGAGAUAUUUACAACGAAACGGCAACUCAAAGAAGAUUCCACCUACUUGAGGAAGUAAAGGACGAGCCUAUUGAAGAGGAGGAUCGCCCUCAGCUCUCAAAUCUGUCCAGUUAUCAAGUGAAAAAAGAGGACCUAACAAAUCACAUUCAAAGCAGUUAUCCUGCCAUUUUUAAUGUCAAAAAUAAUAACAUGGAGGAGCCACAUCCGUUCCAGUGUCCCGAUUGCCCAAAGUCCUUUUUACAAAAAACAAAGCUUCAGCGACACGUCAAGACGCACUCAGGGGAAAGACCAUACACAUGUAGCUACUGCCAGGCGUCCUUUUCACGAAGCGAACACCUUCAGCGACACGUUCGGAAACACACAGGAGAACGACCCUACAGCUGUACCGUAUGCCAGUCGGCCUUCACACGAAAGGAGCAUCUCCAGCGACAUACAAGGACGCACACCGGAGAACGACCGUACAAGUGUACCUAUUGCCAGGAGUCUUUUCUCAAAAAGGAACAUCUCCAGCGGCAUUCCCGGAUCCACACAGGAGAACGACCCUACCAGUGUAGCCAUUGUCACGAAUCAUUUUCUAGGAGCGAACAUCUUCAGCGGCACGUUCAAACCCACAAAGGAGGAGAAUGACAGAGUUGGUCCAGAAUUGAGGCUGUAUCUUUACAAUCAGUCGGGGACUGUCCAGGAUCCUGUCAAAUUUGUUGACCAAUGUUUUCCUGCCUUUAACAUAAGUUUUCGAAUAACUAGUUUUAAGGGAAAUUGAGCGAAGAACAGUAAAGGGAAUGAGGUUUAUGAGGAAGCGUCUAAAAAACUGAAUUAUUAUUUGAAUAAUGAUUAAUCAUAGACGAUCAAGGCUACAGAUUUAAAACUUUUGAAAACACAAACAAUAUUUAAACAGACUUUAUCUCUAAAAAACAGGAAAAUAGCAAUACUCAUUGUUUUUGUUUUUUAAUAUUCAUUUCAGUCAAAGGGUUGUAGUUCCUUAUUAUGAAUUCAAGAGAACUUUUUACUUAUUUGUAAUAUAAUAGUUUACUUCACAGUUUCAUUUUGUUCACACACUAAAAAACAAUUGGUCAAAAAGAUCACAAAAGUUCACAUAGCCACAAUCUGAACAGAUAACCCAAAGGAAUGUUUCCAAACAAUAUUAAAGCAAUAUUUCAAGACUCUUCGGUGUA